UUCAUAAGAAAACAUAAACAUGGUUCAGCUAGUCAUGACCGAGCUAGCUCACAGUUACGAGGGUUGACUUGUCGUUCUUAAACGUUGAUUGAAACUCAAUCGAUUCAAUGGCCAAUGGUGGACGCAUUCUAUGGCGGGAGGUCUUUAAAAAGUUUCAGGCCUCAUUGCGUGGAGUCAAGGAAGUGGAUGGAAAAGUAGUGGGCUCCGAUCCAUUUGGCAAUAAAUAUUUUGAAAUUGCGGCGGAUCCCCAACGUGGCAAAAGGCGACCGACCCGAUGGUAUCGUGCCCCUGAUACGGAAGCCAAAGAGAUCAUCGGUGUUGAUUUGUAUGGUGGAUUUGAUGCCAAAAUGCCCGCAGAAUGGGAAUCCUGGCUCAGACAUCGCCGUGAUGAGCCGCCCACGGACGAACAAGUCCGUCGAAGUCUGGCCUUGAGUGAACUAAAGAAGAUGAACGCGGCUAAAUUGGAGAUGGAUAGGAUUGAAGAGCUCAAGGCAGAUGGUCGUUAUGAUGGCCCAGAAAGUAAACCCAUGGACCAUGAGAAGGCCUUUUAUCCUAAAUACGACGACUAUGAAGUGAAUCCGGGGAAUUUGGAAAAAAGAAAAGAUCCUUGGGCAUCAUACAAGAACCCAUAUCUCCCUGACGACCAUCAGCACACGCGAAAGAAGUAAUCUUCAAAUGGUUCAGGCGUAUGAAUAUAAUUUCGACAAAUCCAUGCAGACAUCAUAGUUAAUAAAUCUAGUCUCAAGACCUCAAAAAAAUGAAUC